UAGUGUCUAGGGUUUACUACUGACAUUAAUUUAUAAUCAAUAAUAAAUAUUAAAAACAUAUUUUUUUAUAAUUUACAUAAUAUCGUGCUCGUUUGUUUGGAUAUUAUUGUUAAAUAUUUUACGGUUUUUAAUAAUUUUCACGUAAAUACCUCGGUUCCAAAGUAGUGUGUGCCGUGUAGUUAACGACUUAUCCAUACCUAUUUGUUUCUCCUUCGUUAUUAGCAUAUACCUAGUCUAUUUCAAGAAUUAUGGAAUCACAUGAAGCUAGUCAGUUAGUUAACUGUUCGAUGGAUGCUCUUAUUGACUGGAGUACUCCUGAAACAGUGAAACACAAAACUUAUGAUGAAAAUUGUAUUAAUAACCCAUUUGAUAUACUGGAAUUGCAAGCAGCCAACAUGGAUCCUUUUGAUUUAGUCCCUAAGCAAACUCCAUUAAGAGGAGAUCCACCUUGUGGUAACAUAUUGAGUCCUCUAUGGGAGUCAAAAGUCAAUAGACGGAUAAAAAAGAGUGUAUCAUUAACAGAUAUUCAUGGUGUUGCAAAACUUUUAGAACAAAACUACAUAGAGCACAACACAGAUGGUUUUAUAAAAAAUCAAUCAAAAGAUGAUUGUGCUAUAGCAGAACGUAUUAGCACAUCGAAAAUGAUCGAUCAGUCAAUAGAAAAUAAUAUCUUAGUUCAUAAAGGUGAAAAAAAAAUAGAAAAUGAAGAGCUAUCAAACAAAUUAGGUUUGUUGUCAGAUCAAAUCGAGAUAGAUAUAGAAAAAAAUUCUUAUUGCAACGAACAAGAAAAGAAACAAAUUAGAGAACAGACACGGCAACGAAUUGAAAUGCUUAUUGAAAAGGAGAAAAAAAUUUAUGAAGAAAAUUAUUCCAGAAGAUCAUUAUUUUGUACACCACAGCGUAGUAAUACCGAAUCAAAUUUAAAUAAAAAUAUAAAUUCAAGUGUUUUAAAUAGAGGAUUCAUAGGGAGUUUUAAUAUAAAUUCCAAUAGUUUUAAUAAAACAUCAGAUAAUAAUAUUGAUAUAAAUGAAAAUAUAACUCCAAAUUCUAGUUUAGUAUUUCCAUUCCAUGAACUAAACUCAUUUGAUCUUAAUUCUUUGAAACCUGAAUGGGUGAUGGAUAACUUUAGCGAUAGUGACGGACCUAGUGAUAUUCAAACAGAAAGUUCUAUGACAGAAAUUGAACCGACUGAUAAUAAUCAAGUUGAUUUCAAGUUAAAAACUCUUAAUCGCUUGGGAAUUGUCGAAUCAAAAGUUAAUGGAAGUCGAACCGUUUUGAAGUCCAUGCAAAAUAAAAGAACUCAAAGCAAAGGUCCGUUUAUGGCCAAUGUCCCUGUUCAACACAUGGUGCAAAAUUAUAAGAAUGUAGAAAUUAAAGAUAUCAAUCAUGGGUCUGUUAGUCCCCGUAAAAUGAAGCCUAUAGCCUCUUCUACUCCAUCAACAUCAGAUAUUGUCACUGCACUUAAAACUCCCUCAACUGCCGAGUCCUCUAUUAAAUCAAGAAAUAGUUUAUCACGUCGAUCAACAGCCAAUUCUGUAAGCCCUGGAACACCAUUAAAUGUUACAAAAUGUAUUAAAAAGUAUUCAACUAAUACUACAAUUGUUUUGUCUAACAAAGUUAAUGAAAGAAAUCCGGAACUAUUGCGAUCAUUUACAUUAAAUAAGUCAAAAUCUGAAAGUAAAAUUGGAAUACCUAAGAUGAAUACAACUAAAAUAAGUGGCUUACCAGUAUCGAAACGGUUUUCUAUGUCCUACAAAGGAAAAGAAAAUGUUAAACCUCAGUGAAUUUUUUUAAUAUCAUGUUUACAUAUAAUAUUAAAAAAAUUUAAAAG